AGGCUACGUGUAAAGAUGCCCUGUUUCAUAGAUCUCAUGCAGAAAGACACGUAUCUAUUCCAAACCGCAAGUUCUCUCUACAUCUUCAUCUUCUCUCUCAGUUCUUCCCCCUCCCUACAGUUUUCCAGGCAUCCCCGUUCACAACAAGACAAUUUCCGGCCAUCCCAACAAAAAUCCAACCAAAAGCCCAUCUGGGUAAUCAAAAGGAUCGGCAGUUUCGACAUUUCAGGCCGAAAUUCCAUUAUGGUGAAGCUAGCGACGGCACGAGAAAGCCGAUUAUACGGCCCCCGCCUCAUGCGGAACCAAUGGGAAUACGUGAAUGCCGGCCUCUACGUAUUCGCCUCAUUUCUCCUCGUCGGCGGGUUCACGGCACAGCUCUCCGGCUCAGAUGCCAAAUCAGGCCUCGUCUUGCUUCUUAUAGGCCUUGCGAUCAUCGCCGCUGUCAACGUUCAUGAUCUCUUGGCCCACAUGGCCGGGAUCGAUUAUCGGUGGUCGUUGAUGGGGUUGGACAUACAGCUCGCACUGGUUGAAUUCGCUGUCCCUCUCGUAAAGGCGGUGGGAUCGAUGCUAAUCUUCUUAGGCAUUCUUUUCUUGCUUAUUCAGAAGGAGAAAGGGUAUGAUUUUAGGCUGGAAAAGCAUGCUUUGAGUUUGCUAAUAGCCGGGCCAGCUCUGUGGGUUAUUGGGUCGAUCCACAACUCUUCUCAAAUCUAUGAGAGAGCAGAUGGUCAUGUCCAGAUUCUUCAGAAGGGUGUUCAAAUACCAUUUCUGAUGGGAAGCUUGCUGUUCUUGGUCGGCGGGGCUCUUAACCGUCAUGGGUACAUUGAAUUGAUGCACCAUGGCAUAAAGCUACUAGGAAAGUGCUGGGUUUGGUUAGGAAUCUAUGGGAGUCUGUUGUUGUUUAUUGGGGGACUGCUGAAUGUGGUGAAGGUAUUCAAGAUGCAGCAAAUGGAUGGAGUGAGGCUGGAGAAGCUGCGUGGUGGAGCCCAGGAGCGUCUUAUCAGAGAAAGGGAAGGUCAGGUGCCGUUGAUCUUGGAAGAUCAGAGGAGGAGAACGAAACUGACUCAAGAACCACAGCAACCAAGAUCGGUGCCUGUGUCCACACCUUACAAGGAUGUCCUCAUCGGCCAGUCUUAGAAACUAGUUGUUGAAGGUAGCGUUUGGCUGUUCCAUUGCAUUUUAUUUUUAUUUUUCUGAAUGUUAGAUAAUUUACUCAAUACUUGUGUUGGAUUAUUGCCCAUCUUAUAUUAUCAAUUUUUAUGGCUUGCUAA